AUGGUCAGCCCGAGUUACUACUCGGACGGACGACGAUAUAGCCGUCUGGACCCGACGUACAGCUACCCCGAACGCCAGCAGCGACGCUCACACUCCUCCGAAGCGCGCAAGUCGUCGACCAUGACUGAACGAGAGUCCGAGACCGACACACCUCCUCGCAAGCGCAUUGCCGUUGCUUGUGGUCGUUGUCGGAAGCGAAAAAUACGCUGCAGCGGAGACACUGGCAACGGACAUCCGUGCCAAAACUGCAAGGCCGCCGGCGCCGAGUCCUGCAUGUUCUUACGAGUCGCCUCGACCGAAGCUCCCUGGGUUCAGACCCCGGAGUUCGCGUACGAGCUCAAGGCGGCGAGGGCAUACCAAGCCCAGCAGGCCAUGGUAUCGCCCCUGACUGCCUCCCCGCCGCACUACGCCUCCGAGAUGCACGACAGCCUGUCCCGCUACCCCCCGGCUUCGGCAAGCUACUCGUCCUACGGGGGCGGAGGAAAGUACUACUCCUCGGCGGCGACCAUGCCGAGCUGGUCCUCCCACCCGGGCUACUCUGACGACGGCACCGGCGCCGUGGAUUACAGCGCCGCGGCGAUGGGCUACCCGUACCCCUACCAGAACCACGACCCGGGCUACUACUACCGCAUGUCCGCCAAGGCCGCCGCCACGAGCGCGGCGGACCUGUAUGUCAAUGCGGACGCCGCAACAGGCUACGGUUACGGUGGCGCUGGGGCCGCGUCCCUGGUUCACCGGCCCGCCGCGACGGCAUCGGUGCAGCAGAGCGAGGGAUCAAACUUCUCCCUCUCCACCGUCGCGGCGUCCCUUCCGCACGCCGGCGGCGGCGGUGGCGACCGCCUCCUCCCGAACCCGGCGCCCCGUCUCCCCAACACCAACGUACUUGCCUACCGCACAGACGGCGGCGGCGCCCCGUCGUCCACAAAGUCCUCCGGCAGCCCCGUGUCGCAGACUUCCCCCGCGAGCGCCGCGUCCGAGGCGACGGCGGGCUACAGCGCCUCGUCGGUCGCCGGCCCGGGGAGCUACGACUCCUCGCCCGUGACGGCGUACCCGCCGCCCGCGCACACCCUCCCCUCGAUGGCGCCGCAGAAGCACCACCACCAGCACCACCGGGCCGCCAACGUCGCGGACAUGAUGGGCUACCCGCCGCCCUCGACGGCCGGCGGCGCGGACUCCAUCUUCAGCGUCUCGGACGCGAGCCUCCGCACGCACGGCUCCGCGUCCGACCUCAGCUACAAGUACACCGACGGGUCCUCGGGGGCGUCCUCCGCGGGCCGCCGCGGCAGCGGCGAGACAGCGAGCUCGGCCGGCUCGCUGUCCAACGGCCAGCAGUACACCGUCACGACCCCGUCCGUGGGCAUGUACGCCGCCGUGGCGGGCCACGGGCGGCACCACGUCUCGCAGUACAUGAUAUCCGAGGACGCCGCAGCCGAGCAUCACGCGAGCCGGAGAUCCGCCGGCGGAUUAUCCGUAUCCUAA